AUGGAGCUGGGAGGGCAAAGAAGCACUCUGCACACAAACAAAUGCUGUCCCUUGACCAAUCGUUGCAGAAGGAUUCUUCUAGCAAAUACUGCAGCCCCUGCGGUGAGAAUCUGGCUGGUGAGGGGACAGCUUCUUCUCCUGCUGCUCUGCUCUGCUCUGCAGAGACCCACGAUUGCAGUUAAAAUCGACUUCGACUUGGCACCAAAUUCCUUUGAUGAUCAGUACCGAGGCUGCAGCCAACAAGUCAUGGAGAUGCUGCUUCAAGGGGAUUAUUUCAACGAAGAACUAGAAUCCAAUAAGGAUUACCGCAAGGUCUGGAAACAAACACACUUUAACUGGUUGAACCAAGAAAAACCUCUCCCCUGGAACAUGACUACUACACAUGCUGUGGCUGUCUUGGUUUAUUUAUCAGACAACAGAGUUCACUUAGACUUCUCCAGAGCCAUGGCCAUUGCUGCUGGGUCUCCGCAGCAGUAUAGACAUUCAUUCCAUUUCAAAUAUCUACACUACUUCCUGACCUCAGCAAUCCAGCUGCUGAGGAAAGAGAUUAUCUCGAGGAAAGACUCUCUGUGUUACGAGGUGCACCAUGAGUUGAAGGGCGUUUACUUGCAAGCCCCCGUGGGUGCCAUCGUUCGCUUUGGCCAGUUCCUCUCCACCUCCCCAGCAAGAGAACAGGCACAGAGAUUUGAGAACCAAACUCUAUUUACCAUGUUGACCUGCCUGGGGGCACCACUACAAGACUUGUCUCUCAAGAAGGUCUUGGUCCCUCCCUAUGAGCUGUUUAAGAUUGUCAAUGCGAGCUACCAUCCAAGAGGAAAUUGGUUGCAAUUGCUGUCAAAUGGGACCCAAAGCAUGUACAACUGUCAGCUGCUAAAAGCUUCCAGCAGAAAGUGCAUCCCUACUCCUCUAGUUAUUGCUUCUCUCUCCUUUUUGACAAGUGUCAUCAUCUCUUCCAAAAGUGGAGCAUAA